AAACAUUUCAAACAUCCAUUAUUUUUGCCAACAACUGAACGCGUUUUUAAUUUUGGAAACUUUUAAUAAUGGAGCUAAAAAUUCUUGAAUUAUUUAGUGGCAUUGGAGGCAUGCAUUAUGCAUUUGAAUAUUCAAAAUUGAAUGGUCAAGUUAUGGCUGCAAUGGACAUUAAUACCGUGGCAAAUGAAGUGUAUGCAUUUAAUCACAAAGAAACUUGUUUAAUGAACAACAAUAUACAAAAGUUAAGUGUUAAAACUUUGGAAAAGUUACAAAUUAAUACGAUAUUAAUGUCACCUCCAUGUCAACCGCAUACACGUGUUGGCCAAAAGCGUGAUAUCGAAGAUAAACGUUCUGAUGCCUUAAAUCACAUUUGUGAGUUACUGCCGCUGUGCAAAGGAGUGCAAUAUAUUUUGAUGGAAAAUGUCAAAGGAUUUGAAGAAUCUCAGGCGAGAAAUAUUUAUGUGGAAGCUUUAGAAAAAUCAAAUUUCUACUAUAGAGAAUUUAUAUUGAGUCCCACUCAAAUAGGUAUACCCAAUACCCGGCACCGUUAUUAUUGUUUGGCGAGAAAAUCGAAAGAUUUUUCGUUUAACGCUGAUAAAUUGUGCAAGGAAAUGCCCCUAUUGAACAACCAAACUUUUGAAAACAUCAACUUAUCAUCUUUACUAAUUGAAGAAGAAAAAAUUGAACCAGAAUUUUAUUUGGAUGAAAAGGUCCUUAAACGUAGAGUAAUGUUAAUGGAUAUCGUAACAGCGGCUGCCUCUAAUACAAUGUGUUUUACCAAAGCUUAUACUCACUAUAGUGAAGGUACCGGUUCAAUUUAUUGUCCCUUGUCUUUGGAAGAAAUGCAAAGAAAAUUUUCCCAGUUAAAGGAGAUAGAAGACAUGGAGAAUGGUAGUGAUGAUAAAGAAGAGAAACGCUUAAUUUUACUACACAGCCUUAAAUUACGUUAUUUUACACCUCGAGAAGUCGCUCGUUUAAUGAGUUUUCCGGAGUCUUUUAAUUUUCCUCCCAAGACAACGAAUCGACAAAGAUACCGUUUAUUAGGCAAUAGCAUUAAUGUAAGCGUUGUAGGAGAGCUAAUAAAAUUAAUGACUUUAUAAAAAUAAAUAAA